AUGUCCUCACUUUUUGAAAACGUUAAAGACAAAGUUAUUGCUGCUAAGCAACAUCUUAAAAAAGGCGCUCACUCUUAUCUAGAAAUUAUCUUCGUGAACCAAGACCUACUCAAAGAAUAUGCUAGUAAUGGGGUAGUAAAACCUACUAUGGCUACAUCCCUACAGAUGCUCAUAAAUCCUUCUUACUGGUCAAAAUCAGAAAUGUGCCACUUG